AUGGAUGUGGAGAUGAUGAUGUUCGACGACGAUGGCUGGUUGCCGCUGAGUCUCGAAGGGUAUGUGGAGGAGAUCGGGCUCCGGAGGAAGUUCCUCAACGCAUUCCAGACACCGUGUGUUGAUUAUCCGAGCACCGGACAGGGACGGCGACGUGUGGGCAGACCUCGCGUGCGGUACCAUCGGGCAGAUAAGCUCUUCGUGCAGAAGAAAUGCACGGACGCCGUCAGCUUGCGUGAUGCACCUGCUCCGAAAAAGUCAAAUGACCAAGCCGCGGUCACCUGCAACCUUCUGGCAACGGCACCGCGGUUCGAUGCCGACGCUGAUGCACGAUACCGUGAUGGCGUCGAGCGGACCGGCCUAUCCUCGAGUGCACCGAGUCCUGGUCUCCUUCUCUCUUCUCCACCACCGACCAAAAGCAUUGCUCCGAGAACCAACAUGUCGACACCCAGCAUCAGCCUUGAGCACGCCUUCACCCUCAAGCUGCCUAUUGCUCCGGCGCUUGGAAUUACCGGCACCCCCGUCGGAGAUCGCUCCUACAUUCCCGUGUUGGGCGGAUCUCUGACAGGCAAGGGCUUCGAGGCCAAGGUCACCCCAGGCGGCGAUUACGCCAUCGUCAAGGACGGAUGGGGAAAGCUCGACGUUCGCGUUCACGCCGUCACUCCAGAGAACGAGGUCAUCUAUGUUCAGUACUACGGUCACCUCGAAAUCACACCAGCUGUCGGAAAGAUCUUGGGCGGCGAUGCCUCCGCCAAAUCUACCAACUUUGACGACGGAUAUCUUUUGACAACCCCGGUCUUGGAGGCCCCUGCCAACUCGAAACACGCCUGGGUCAAUCGCACCGUCUUUGUCGGCAAGGGCAAGCUCGAGGUUCUCAGCGACGGCGUCACUGUCAGUGGGUAUCGUCUCUCCCUUCGAUUCCAUCGAUCAACCUGUCACCCUCUCUCUCUAUUCAUCAUUUGCUGA